UGGUGAUGCAGGGACUGUUGACUUCUCAGUGUUCAAGGAAAACAAACGCAAACUCUACUUAUCAUCUCAAAAAAUCAAAAAAAGAGAUUAUCAAAAAAUGAUUGCGUCUUUAUCUCAAAUAUUUUGCCAGUAUUUGCCGAUAAGUAAUACCAAUUCCGAUGAUUCUGAUUUUGACGAUAACGGUAAGGCUCUCCAAGAACUUAAGCAAGAUUGCGUUUAUCACAUCACUGGAAAAUUUGCACUAAUGAAAGACGACAUUAUAGAAAUUAUAAUUACGACAAGUAAACGUUUAAAAUUAGAUACCGAUAUUGCUUCUAUUCGGAAACCGAAGUAG